AUCCCUGCGGAGGCAGCGCUGGGAAGGAGCCCCGGAGCAGCUGAGAGAGCCCCGAGGAGCAGCUGCUGGAGGAGGGGACGCCCCACUACCUGCACCAGCCCACCGCCCCUACUAACCAAUGUCAGCAACCCGGGAGCAGCCCAUCUUCAGCACCAGGGCCCACGUGUUCCAGAUCGACCCGGCCACCAAGAGGAACUGGAUCCCGGCCAGCAAACACGCCCUGACCGUCUCCUACUACUACGAUGCCACCCGCAGCGUCUACAGGAUCAUCAGCGUGGGGGGCACCAAGGCCAUCAUCAACAGCACCAUCACCCCCAACAUGACGUUCACCAAGACCUCGCAGAAGUUCGGGCAGUGGGCUGACAGCAGGGCCAACACCGUGUACGGGCUGGGCUUCGCCUCCGAGCAGCACCUGAGCCAGUUUGCAGAGAAGUUCCAGGAGGUGAAGGAGGCAGCUCGUGUGGCCAGGGAGAAAUGCCAGGACAAAACUGAGCUCACCAACCCUGCCCUGAGCCUCCCUUCCCACCAGGUGCUGCCCAGCCCCAUCAUCGGCUCCAACGGGCCCGGGGAGGACAAGCUGUUCCGCAGCCAGAGCGCGGAUGUGGAGAUCAGCACCGAGAAGGAGAGGCUGAAGAAGAUGCUCUCCGAGGGCUCGGUGAGCGAGGUGCAGUGGGAGGCCGAGUUCUUCAGCCUGCAGGACAACAACUCCAAGCUGGUGGCGGCGCUGCACGAGGCCAACGCCAGCGUGGAGCAGUGGAAGAAGGAGCUGGCGGCCUACCAGGAGGAGACGGAGGCGCUGCGCCAGCGGGUGGCAGAGCUGGAGGCUCAGGGCACCCCCGACUCCUCCAGUGACAACAACAAGGAGGAGCUGAGCCAGAGCCUGGAGGAGCUGGAGCUGCUGCUCAAGGCCAAGGAUGAGGAGAUCCAGCUGCUGAAGAGCCAGAGGUGCGGCCGCUGGGAGGCCGAGGGCGAGCGCGAGGAGACGCUGCAGAAGCUGCAGGAGCUGGAGGCCCGCAACGCGGAGCUGGAGCAGCGGCUGCAGCUGGCAGAGCAGAGCCUGGCAGAGAGCCUGGCACACAGGGACAGGGUGCACCACGAGGUCACCAAGGUGGCCGAGAUCAUGGAUGUGAAGAUCUUCGAGCUCAGCGAGCUCAGGCAGGGCCUGGCCAAGCUGGUGGAGAGCAACUGAGCAGGGCCGAGAGCCCUGGAGAGGGGCAGCUCAGCUGGGGCUGGGCACCACCCACACAUCCUGAGGGCACCGAGAGAUCCUCUGGGCACCACUGAGAGAUCCUGCAGACACCAAGGAAGAGCCUUUGGACACUGAGAGCUCCUGUGGGCACCACCCAGAGAUCCUGAGGGAAUCACCAAGAGCUCCUGUGGGCACCGAGAGCUCCUGUGGGCACUGAGAGAUCCUUUGGGCACCAAGAGAGAUCCUUUGGUCACUGAGAGCUCCUGUGGGCACCACCCAGAGCUCCCGUGGGCACCCAGCAGCCUCAGCCCUGUCCGGGCAGGAUUUGCCACCCACCAGCAGCUGCCCGGCCAGAGCGGGCACCAGGCUGGGCACUCACUGCCCAGGGAGCCCCCGAGCAGGGCACG